CAUAGGCCCCGCCCGCGAGUGGAGGGCAGUCACGUGACGCGACGGCUGGGGGCUCCCGGCGCGGGGGACGCUGGUGGCCAAGAUGGCGGCGGAGCUGGUGGAGGCCAAAAACAUGGUGAUGAGUUUCCGAGUCUCCGAUCUUCAGAUGCUCCUGGGUUUUGUCGGCCGGAGUAAGAGCGGACUCAAACACGAACUUGUCACCCGGGCCCUCCAGCUGGUUCAGUUUGACUGUAGCCCUGAGCUAUUCAAGAAGAUCAAGGAGCUCUACGAGACGCGCUACGCCAAGAAGAGCUCAGAACCCACACCCCAGCCCCACCGGCCCCUGGACCCCCUGGCCAUGCACUCAGCCUAUGACCGGGCCAGCUCGGUGCCCAGGACUCCCCUCACGGGCCCCAACAUUGACUACCCCGUGCUCUACGGGAAGUACUUAAACGGACUCGGACGCUUACCUGCCAAGACCCUCAAGCCGGAAGUGCGCCUGGUGAAGCUGCCCUUCUUUAACAUGUUGGAUGAAUUGCUAAAGCCCACAGAGCUGGUUCCACAGAAUAACGAGAAGCUUCAAGAGAGCCCGUGCAUCUUUGCCUUGACGCCCAGACAGGUGGAGCUGAUCCGGAACUCCAGAGAACUACAGCCCGGGGUCAAGGCCGUGCAGGUCGUCCUAAGAAUCUGCUAUUCAGACACCAGCAGCCCUCAGGAAGACCAGUACCCACCCAACAUUGCCGUGAAGGUCAACCACAGCUACUGCUCUGUCCCGGGCUACUACCCCUCAAAUAAGCCUGGAGUGGAGCCCAAGAGGCCGUGCCGCCCCAUCAACCUCACCCACCUCAUGUACCUGUCCUCGGCCACCAACCGCAUCACUGUCACUUGGGGGAACUACGGCAAGAGUUACUCUGUGGCCUUGUACUUGGUGCGGCAACUGACUUCCUCCGAGCUGCUGCAGAGGUUGAAGACCAUCGGGGUCAAGCACCCGGAGCUGUGCAAGGCGCUGGUCAAAGAGAAACUGCGCCUGGAUCCCGACAGCGAGAUCGCCACCACAGGCGUGCGGGUCUCCCUCAUCUGCCCGCUGGUGAAGAUGCGGCUGUCCGUGCCCUGCCGUGCAGAGACUUGUGCGCACCUGCAGUGCUUCGAUGCUGUCUUCUACCUCCAGAUGAACGAGAAAAAGCCCACUUGGAUGUGCCCGGUGUGUGACAAGCCGGCCCCCUAUGACCAACUCAUCAUUGAUGGGCUCCUCUCCAAGAUCCUGAGCGAGUGCGAGGAUGCCGAUGAGAUCGAGUACCUGGUGGAUGGCUCGUGGUGCCCAAUCCGUGCCGAGAAGGAGCGCAGCUGCAGCCCGCAGUGCCCCAUCCUUGUGCUUGGCACCUCGGACGCCAAUGGGCUCCUUUCUACCCCCAACGUCAACGGCGGGGGUGGUGGCGCACUCGGGGGCGCAGGCGGUGGGGGCGGUGCGCCAGGAGGUGUGGAGAACGGGAAGCCGGGGGCUGACGUGGUGGACCUCACGCUGGACAGCUCAUCUUCCUCAGAGGAAGAGGAGGAGGAAGAGGAAGAUGAGGAGGACGAGGACGAGGAGGGCCCCCGGCCCAAGCGCCGUUGCCCCUUCCAGAAGGGCCUGGUGUCGGCCUGCUGACCGCUCGCUGCCAGCGGGACACUCGACUUUCCUGGUGCUCACCACGCGGAGGGGCGCAGGCGGGCCUUGGGCACAGAGGGAGGAGUGAUUUUUUUUUCUUUCUUUUUAUUGUUGUUCAUUUUGGUUUUCCACCCCUUUCCCUGGCUCCUGGCACCUGUACCUCUGGACUCUCCUAUUGGAGGAUUAAAAAAAAGUAAAAUGACAAAAAAAAAGUACAAAAAAAAAAAAAAAGAAAAAAGAAA